AUUCACUGUUCGAUAUUUAUGCAUUUUUUAUUUUUCUUUUUUCUAACAAUUUUGCUCUUCCCUUUCUUCCCUUUAAAACGUACAAUAUGCUUAUUUUUAUGAAGUCGAUACAAUUUAUGCUUCUAAGCAUAUCAAUAAUAGUAUUUAUUUUUUAUAUUCAUUUUGCAUAUUUAGUAGAUAUAUAUCUCCAAUGGAUAUUCAAUAAUAACAUUAAAGAUAUGCAACAAUAUGAUUAUAUUAUUGUUGGUGCUGGCAGUGCCGGUGCAACUCUAGCAACACACUUGACAGAAGGUAAUCACAGCAUAUUAUUGUUAGAAGCAGGUGGUAUUCCACCACUCUUUCUUGACAUACCAUUCUUGGCAUCGGCGAUACAAAAAACUGCUUAUGAUUGGCAAUAUGUUACUGUACCUCAGAAACAUGCGUGUAAAUGUUUGGUCAAUAAUCAAAGCAUAUGGCCCAGGGGUAAAAUUCUUGGAGGAUCUAGCCGUUUAAAUUACAUGGCCUAUGUACUAGGACAUCAGCUGGACUAUGGAGAAUGGUUUCCAGAUUUUCUACAGAUAGUUGCUGAAAACAAUGACUCAGUAAGCAUAAGUGAAUUGAAAUGGCAAUCUGAUUUUGCCAACGUGAUCUUGGAAGCACUAAAAGAAUUAAGUCACGAUGUGGGCGACAUGAAUACAAAAUUGGACACAGGUUUCAUGAAAGUUCAGUUAACAAUGAAAAAUGGUAAAAGGUGGAGUACAGACCAACUAUUGUAUGAAAAACAUGGCCUAACUAUACUGACUCAUGCACUUGCAACUAAAAUAUUGGUGAACUCGGAUAAAGCUGAGGGGAUUGAAUUUAUUAGAUUAGAUAAGAAAUACACUGCUAUGGCGAAAAAAGGAGUUAUUCUAAGUGCUGGUGUGAUCGAAAGUCCAAAAUUAUUAAUGUUAUCUGGCAUUGGACCGAGAAAGCAUUUAGAAGAUCUAAACAUUCAUGUGAUCAAUGAUUUGCCAGUUGGUCAGAAUUUGAUAGAUCAUAUAUUGACUGGUGUUGAUUUGGUCACUCUUAAUGUAAGCCUCGGAUUGAAUCUUCUUGAAAUCUUGAAUCCUAUAUCAGCCUUUAAUUACUUUUUUUAUGGAGAAGGUCAAUGGACAUCAUCAGCAAUUGAAGUAUUGGGAACUUUCCAUAGUGCUUUAAACAAAAAUAAGUCUGUAGCACCAGAUUUACAAUUAAUGGUGCUACCUUUUGGUAUAUCAAAGGAUAACGGCAUUAUAUUCAAACGAGCAAUGGGAAUUUCUGAUGAGGUCUAUAGCAAAUAUUUCACACCCCUUUUACAUGAGAAUACAAUGAUAAUCGCGCCUGUUUUACUACAUCCUAAAAGUAGCGGAGAGCUACGAUUAAAAAGCAAUGAUCCUUCCGAUGAACCUUUAAUUGACCCGAAAUAUCUAUCUGAUGAAGACGACAUCGAAACUCUCAUAGAAGGUUUGUAUUUUGUGAAGAAGCUCUUGGAAACGAAUGCUUUGAGAGCUUAUGGUGCGUCUUUGAAUAAAAACCCCUUUCCCGGUUGUGAGAACGAAGUCUUCGAUACUAAAGAAUAUUGGAGAUGUUAUGUACAACAUUUGACAUUAACAAGUUAUCAUCCAGCCAGUACAUGUCGCAUAGGUGAUGUCGUCGACCCAUCGUUCAAAGUUUACAAUAUGACAAAUUUGUACGUUGUGGACGCGUCGGUCCUGCCGUCGCUACCGAGCGGUAAUAUCAAUGCAGUUGUGAUUGCGUUGGCACAGAAGGCCGCCCGUAUGUUUAGAGGUAAAGAAAUGAAGGAGGCAAAGAAAAAUUAACAUAAAAAUAACGCAAAAAUUGUAUAACUUUUGUUUAUAUAUUUGUAAUAUUAUGCAAAAUAUCUUAUGUAAUUAUGAUAAAAAGUUUAUUACAAAGAAUUUCAAUGAUCUUUA